UGAAAUCUGUAUUAUUUAUUUUCCAAAUUGUGUAUGAAAAUAUAUGGCUUCUUACUAUGUAAGAAUGUUAACUGUUUGUUCUGAGUUGGCUACUGACGAUUAUUAGUUUACUAGCUAGCCUAUGACGUGUAGGCAUGGGUUCAAAACUAUUGCCUACUUAUCUGCGCGCGUAACGGUGAGGAUGGGUCGGUGAUUUCAUGUUCCUCGGAAUGGGAGUGGUUGGGGACGAGUGACUCGAUGUCUUUAUGUCUUAUGUUGCAUAUUCACAUGCAUCACUUACAAAACGCACCUAAAAAGGAGCAGCCUUCCCGAGUUCUUCUCUUAGGACUAGACGACCACACAGAGAUAACCACGCAACACCUUGUAAAUGCCUCUGAAAUAUUAACAUCCUAUUGUUGGUCGCAUUACAGUUAUAAGUCCAGUUUUAAACACGACUCGAUGCCUGUUGAAGAAGGAGAGCGACAAGAGGAACUCAUCGGACUACGAGUGAGGACCGAUGUAUUGGAGAUUGACUAGCGCAACUUCUUAACACAUUUAUGUUUUGUUUUCCACAAUAGGACAUUUUUAUCAGGAGAGGGAGACGCGUUUUUUUCUGAAAGAUAAAGCGAAGAGAGGACGGUUCAGGAACACACUGUCCUCUCCCUUGAGAGGCUCCUCUUCUCUUUUCAACCUGUUUGCCCCACACGGAAAGACUCACGCAGACAUGGAUGUAGGGGCUGAUCCGUCUCGGUGGAUGCACCACCAUGCCGUACUAAACGGCCAACACCCGGACUCGCACCACCCCGGCCUUUCGCACAACUACAUGGAGCCCACCGCACAACUUCUGCCUCCGGACGAGGUGGAUGUUUUCUUUAACCAUCUUGACUCGCAGGGAAACCCAUACUACCACAACUCCGCUCAUGCGCGGGCCAGAGUGUCCUACAGCCAAGCUCACGCUCGCCUAGCUGGGGGUCAGGUCUGCCGGCCACAUCUCAUCCAUAGCCCGGGAAUUUCAUGGCUAGAGCCGGGCAAAGCAGCCCUCUCAGCGGCCCACCAUCACAACGCAUGGGCGGUCAGUCACUUCAGCAAGACCGGGCUGCAUUCCUCAGGCUCCGGGGCUUCAGGCGGCCUAUAUCCCUGCAGCAGCAACGCCAGCACGGCCUCCGCCUCCUCGUUAACGCCCGCAUCCCAUUCGAGUCCCCAUCUCUACAGUUUCCCCCCGACCCCGCCGAAAGACGUCUCCCCAGACCACGGGGCCGCCUCUCCCUUGUCCUCUACCCCGAGAAUGGACGAGAAGGAGUCUAUCAAGUACCAAAUGUCCCUUUCUGACGGAAUGAAGAUGGAGGGUUCCAGUCCUCUCCGAAGCAGCCUGGCAUCAAUAAGCGCCCAGACCCCCUCCACCCACCACCCCAUACCAACCUACCCCACGUACUCUCUCCCGGCAGCGCAUGACUACGGGGGCAGUCUGUUCCACCCUGGCAGCCUACUCGGAGGAUCGUCCUCCAGCUUCACUCCGAAAUGUAAAAGCAAAACUCGGUCGUGCUCAGCAUGCUGCUCAGAGGGGCGUGAGUGUGUCAACUGUGGAGCCACCUCUACCCCACUGUGGCGAAGGGAUGGUACGGGCCACUACCUGUGUAACGCCUGCGGCCUGUACCACAAGAUGAACGGUCAGAACCGACCCCUCAUCAAGCCCAAACGUAGACUGUCUGCGGCCAGACGAGCCGGCACCUGUUGUGCUAACUGCCAGACAACCACCACCACACUGUGGAGGCGCAACGGCAAUGGAGACCCCGUGUGCAACGCCUGCGGCCUGUACUACAAGCUGCACAACGUGAACCGACCUCUGACCAUGAAGAAGGAAGGCAUCCAGACACGCAACCGCAAGAUGUCCAACAAGUCCAAGAAGGGCAGGCGGGGCGGUGACGGUUACGAGGAGCUGUCUAAGUGUAUGCACGAGAAGUCUUCUCCUUUCAGUGCUGCCUCCCUGGCCGGACACAUGACCCACAUGGGCCACCUGCCACCCUUCAGUCACUCCGGACACAUGUUGCCCACCCCCACACCCAUACACCCCUCCUUCGGCCACCCCCACCACUCCAACAUGGUCACAGCCAUGGGCUGAGCUGGGGAGGACAGGGAGGCACAGGCGAAGUGAAGGUUGUUCAGUUUUCUAAUCGGGGUUGAGGGUCAGAUAGGCCUCUGGCUUGAGGACAAUGUAUAAAAUGUUGAAGACAUGCAUUUGGUGUGUCUGUGUUGAUUGUCUUGUUGUAUUCAUGCAUUCCACAUUGCGCCACAAUAUUGUUUUGAAUGUUCGUUUUAGGACUAUGCCCAACUGAGCAUAAUACUCAAUGCAUCCUCAUUUUGAGUUGAUGAAGAUUUGGUUUAUAGUGCAUUACUGUGGCUUGAAAACACGAUGACAUUUCUAAAGAAGGAUAAUAAUUAGUAGGAAAACCAUUUGUCAUCAUUUUGAUGUCGCGAGAUUGACUUUAGAGUAUAACGCUAGCUAGCUAGCUAAGAUUGAGGGGAGACCUCCAGAUUUUUAGCUAGAUAACGUUAGCAUUGCUAGCUAUUUUUUACAAACUUUGCUAGCAAAUUACAACAUUGCCAUCUGUCUAAAGUACAUUUGAUAACAAAAUGAUGAGGGCAAAGUUGUUUUCUACUAAAUAUGUGAAUACUUUAGCAAUGUCAUCAUAUUCCCAAGCCCCUAUAGUGUAAUUUAGACAAAAAAAAUCAUUAGCCCCGUUCUACAUUUGAGCAUCAAUAUGGCUGUGGCGUCUGUAGAUUGUUGAUAACAAUGGCAGUGUGUGACGGAGUGACUGAGGUGCAAUCUAUGAAUAGAGAGGCUGUAAAGGGUACAGUGGGUAUAUGGGGAACCAGGCAGCAUCCACAGCAUCCACUGAUGGGUGGAUGGGAGGGGGUCAUUUUCCUUUCUACUAGGUACCCGCUUAGACCAGAUACUGUAUAGACUACACCUACACCCAUCCCCAUGCAUUUACCAUCUCCUCCCACCUCUCCCCCGUCCUGUUGCAGUGGUACUGUAUGUGCCGAGCAGGUCUCUAGUAACUGUGAAUAAUGUAAAUGUGUGAUAUACUGGGGUGAUGAAGACAGAGCAAUUCCCUUCACACUGUUUCAUAAAUAUAUGCUGGAUUUCUGCUCAAUGACUUCUACUAUUUUUAAUGGACAUUACAAAGAAAAAAAUAAACCAGCAAAGAAAAAAAGUUUAUAAAGCUUCAUUUGAAACAGUUUAUUAUUGUUGUUGUUGUUAUCAUACUUAUUGUUAUUAUUAUUGUCAUUCAGAUAAUUUAUUUUAUUUUUUCCUUUUUCUUUCACCUGAACUAUUAUGGAUAAUGUUAUCACCAUUUCUAUCAUUAUGAAUAUAUUUUUCAGCUGAAGCGCUUUCUCUGAGCUGUUAAACAUUUUUCUCUUCAUGAAAAUAAAGAAAUCAAGUUUAAUUCGGCCAAUUGCUCCCUCUUUAAAUGAUCCCCACAGGGCUGUGUGUUAAAAUCCUUCAAGGAGACAGAGAGAGAUACACAGAGCAUAGAAAUUGAUUGAAUAAAACAGAUACCCUUGCCAUUUCAGCUGCCAUAUUAGAUACGUCGUACAGAAACUGACGCUAUUGUUGGAAUAAUAAGGUAAUUUACACUUUAACACGAAGCAACAAUCUGUUCUAUCCAUCCUAUUUCUAUGUUUGGGACAGCCUUAUUGACCUGUCUUGUUCUAUGUUACCUAGGCUUCUCCUGUUUUGUCAGCUUUGCCAUGGUGAUGGGCAGAACCUGUACCUCUCUGUUUCUUUGUGGUGUGUGUCUUUGUGUCACAGCACAGCUUUGAUUUGCUUCCACUCAACCUAACAGAUAUAAAAACACAGACCUGCUCACUAUUACCUGUUCAGAACAGUUAUAACCUGACAAUCUGGAUGCCAUUGCAUACUGAUGAUAAUAAAGAAACCUUGUAAAAAUGAA